AUGAUCCCUUCGUCUAACUGCAGGUACAAGUAUGGAAACUUGGGAGGCUGGACCCCAGCUGGUACUGAAGAGGCUCAAAGCCCCCCAAAGCUGCACCCCGAAUCGCCUUCAACCGGAAAACAUUGGAUGUCUCAGACGAUCUCAUUCAGCAGGUUGAAGCUCACAAACAACACCAACAACGACUCAUCAACAUACCAGAACGAGCAAGUGACGAAAUUGGAAAUUGACAACAAUCCCUUGGCCAAAGGAUUUAGGAGAACGGGCGGGCUUACUGUAAGAGAAAAAGACAAGACACUGAAUCACAAAGCGAAGAAGAACCUAGUCAAAAACAGAGGAAAACGGAUAGGUUAUCACCGGUGA